UUCAUUUCACACCUCGUCGGGUCAAGGAGUACUGGAGGUGAGAUCCGAUUAAACAAUUGAAACAAGGCACAACAAAAUGCUACUGGGGUAGGUUAGGGUUUUUCGAUUUUCAAACGGAAAGAAAGGGGUGAAAUUUGAGUCGAUAUUUUCAGAUACAAGGGUAUUAUCAGAUGGGAACAUCUUCUGGAUCUCAUUUCAAUAAUCAAUCCUCAAUGUUGCCUCCUCGUCAACAGCCACGGCCUGGUGGAGGGGGGCUUCAAACCUCCCUCUCUUUGGUUUCACCAGAUGCCUGUGGAUCUCCAAAUAUUCACGAGCGUGGCUCCAAUUCUGAUCAAGUCCGUGAAUCCCCAUCGGAAAGUGCGAGUUCACGGGAAACCUGGCCCACUGCUGAUGCUUUGGUAGCCAAGAAAAUGGAGAAGGAAAAAGAAAGGGAUAAUGGUUUUGCUGAGCACUCUGUUACUCGGCGUAUUUCUAAUUCGGAUAAGCUCUCUCUCCGUGAUGUUGCCAGGGAAAGAGUAGAAAUUAUAGCGGAAACAAUGCAGAACCUCCCAGACGAGUAUCUGGAUAAGUUUAAAAACGAGCUUCGGGCUUUUCUUGAAGGUUUAGGUAAUUCUCAGCAAAGAGAAGAGUUUGUGUUGUUGCAGAAGGUGGUCCAAAGUAGAGGUGAUUUAACGGAGAAAACGUUGGUUAUGGCACACAGGGUUCAGUUGGAGAUUCUAGUUGCAAUGAAAACCGGAAUUCAGGCGUUUUUGCAUCCGAGUGUCAGCCUCUCUCAAGCUUCUCUCAUUGAUAUUUUCUUGUACAAGAGGUGCAGAAACAUAGCUUGUGGAAGCGCAUUACCUGCGGAGGAGUGUACAUGCGAGUUGUGCUCGAAGAGAAGCGGUUUCUGCAACCUAUGUAUGUGCGUGAUUUGCAACAAGUUUGAUUUCGAGGUUAACACGUGCCGCUGGAUUGGAUGCGAUUUGUGUUCGCAUUGGACUCACACUGAUUGUGCUAUUCGAAAUGGGCAGAUUGGCAUGGGCCCUUGUGUUAAAAACGGUGUAAGCUCGGCAGAGAUGCUUUUCAGGUGCCGAGCUUGCAGUCGAACAUCUGAGUUGUUAGGUUGGGUAAAAGAUGUGUUCCAGCAUUGUGCACCGAGCUGGGAUAAGGAAGCUUUGACUAGAGAACUUGACUGUGUAAGUAGAAUUUUCCGGGGGAGUGAGGAUUUAAGAGGCAGAAAACUCUUCCGUAAAUGUGAGGAGCUUGUUGAAAAGCUGAAAAGUGGGAUGCAAGAACUUAUUCCUUGUAAAGUUAUCCUAAUGUUUUUUCAAGAAAUCGAGGACCCUUCGAAGAAUCAAGACAGUGAAGAAGCUGGAAGGGCGAUAUCCCCACAGGAAGCAUUCAAUAGAAUAGCUGAUGUAGUGCAAGAAGCGGUUCGAAAGAUGGAAAUGGUGGCUGAGGAGAAAAUGCGGAUGGUGAAAAAGGCCCGUUUAAGUGUAGAGGCUUGUGAGCAAGAGCUAAAGGAUAAAGCUAGAGAAGUUGCUGCACUAAAGAUGGAUAGGCAGAGAAAGAAGAUACAAGUCGAUGAACUCGAAAGCAUUGUGAGACUUAAACAGGCCGAAGCGGAUAUGUUCGAAAUGAAGGCAAACGAGGCUCGAAGAGAAGCUGAAAGACUGCAAAGAAUCGCACUCUCCAAGACUGACAAGUCAGAAGAUGAUUACGCCAGUAGGUACCUCAAGCAAAGAUUGCACGAAGCAGAAGCCGAGAAGCAGUACUUGUUUGAAAAAAUUAAGCUUCAAGAAAGUUCUAGAACAUCACAGAGCAGUGGAGGAGGUAAUGACCCUUCACAGAUGAUGUACAACAAAAUCCAGGACCUUCUAAAAAACAUGUGAUAUUCAUCGUACGUGCACAAUUAUAUGUUUUUAAUGUUUGUGAAACUUAGAGUUUUGAUGUGUGAAUUAUUUGCUAUUAAACCAUGUUGUUGUACUAAUUUGUUUUAGCAUAGGGAAGGGAACGUCUUGAUGCUAAUGUACACUAAUAUCUUGCAAUGUGAAUCGUGAUUUGUGUUGGU